GGAAGAUGAAGAUUUGUUUCGGUACAGUGAUAACAACGAUCAGCUGGCGUUUGAAGGGCUCAAGUUUGAAUUGUUGAAGAACGGAGCUGUAGCUGCUGCGCAUGAGAACAAACAGUCUGCGCCGGUCGCAACUACGCAUGCGUAUGAAGAGCGCAGCUUGAACAAGGUUUUGAAAGAGGUUCUGUUGCAGGGCUCGGGUACGGAGGGUAUAAGAUCUGUUGUGGAAAGCCGCAACACAAAUUCUCUCUACCAGUACUUCACCGACAACUACAAGUGGUUUUUCAAUCCUUUCUAUCAGAUGCAAAUAUGUCUGGUAAUUCUGGAAAGAACUUGGGAUGCAAGUCUGACAGUGGUGGGCGCACGACUGCUACACGCAGCCAAGCACGACAAUUUUUUGAGCUGCUACGUGUUGCGCAACCCGCAUGGCAAACUGCGGCUCUGCGCCACAGCCAAGGGCCAGGCCUUUUACGUGUCUAUGCAUCACAGAGUUCACGCCCGUAAUGCCAGAGUGAUAUUUGCAAAAAUGCAUACUUUCGCCGUGCACUUCCACAACCCGGCCAUGCAGACGAUUGUCGGCUUCUUCCGCCACUUUCUGCAGAACGUGGACCCUGGGUACUUCGAGAAAUGGCAGGCCUGGGUGGAGAGAGGACAAGGGGCUUCAGAGGACGGAGAACCAAGUAUUGAAAACGAGCAAGAAACUAUCGUACGAAAAAAAUGUUUCACUGUAAGGAUUUUGCAAGUUUUGCAUCACAAGUUUGUUCUACACCAGAGAGAAAAUUUGCCAUGCGAGAUUCCUAAGGGAAAACACAGCUAAAAAUCCACUGUCUUGCAUGUGUACCAAGACAAACACCUCUCAGAUACAUUUUCUGCAUUACAAGUUUACAGUGAAACAGUUUUUUCUUGCGAUAGAAACAGACGAAGUCGAGUUGAUGAUCCGAGACAAAAAAUUCCAAUUGCUAGCCGAGGAACUGGAGCAGCAACUGCUUGCGAUGACAACAUCAAAUGGUAACCACACCGGAGGUUCCGAAUCUUCCGAGCUGCAAGAAGAUCAUAGCCAGAGUGUUGCUGAUGUUCCUUCUCGACUAGCCCCCGCCCCGCUUCGCUACGACAACCCUCUUGAGAUUGAAAAAGUCUACCACUCAAUUCUCCUCCGCUCCCCGUUACUUCGGAAAGCGAUGCAGCUAUUGAGAGGAAAAAUCCCCCCUCCCCAUAUCGAAAAGGUAUGCUUCCGAAAAUUUGCGUUGCUGAUUUGAGGUCACAAAUCACAUUUGUCUUGCAAGAAGACAAUGGCAGAAGCUUCCGCCCCAUUCUGGAAGCGAUUUGUCAUGCUGUUGGGCCUAAAGGGGAGCCGUUUGCAAUGCUGAGCACCUAGACCCAUACGCCCCUACCUAGCCUGGGGAUCUGGCCGCAGUGCCCUCCUGCAAUACAAAGCUGAUUCGUGUACGCAAAUCCAGCAUCACAAACUUCGUUUUGAUAUGGGGUGGGGGGAUUUUUCCUUUUGAUAGCAGCAGGAGAAAUCACUGUUGGAGGAUUUGAACCGCAACCGAGAUUACUUCUUUCGACUAUUCCAUUCGCUGUUCAGCUCGAGUGUCGUGAAACCGGGGUUGAGCAAUGAGGGCGAGAAGUUGUUGCUGAAAAACCCACUUUUGCAAUACUCCUUCAACUACGUAAAGGUGAAUGUUAAGCAAGCUGGGAAGACGCAGAGCGAAAGAACCGGUGGCGGUAGUCGCGAAGAUCAUGCUCGACGUGGUCCUGUGACCGGCUACGCAACCGGCGAGGUCGACGGGAUCUUUUCCGCGCCGGAUGCUACAGUGAAGGUCUCACGAGAUGAAUCAUCACCUACGGGGGGUGGGAUCAGAGAAGAGGACGACCAAAGGAGCCGCGGCGAGCAUGAGGACCAACAAGCCGGUGAGGCAAGACCAGAACAAGAUGAGAAGCCGCCGGAGCUGCAGUUCACGGAGGAAGAACUAUUCGACCGGACGUGCUGGCUUCCCUGCCCGACCAUCGACUGGGAAUUCCUUUGCCACGCGUUUGGAAUUUGCGACAACGACGAUAGUGGAGUCGCUGCUUCUGCUUCUGGGGAAGACGUUGAAGAUAGCAGCAACCAUUCGUCUCAGCAGUCUUCCCAUAAAAAUCAAGAUAAACCUCCGCAAGAAGGACCACCACAACUCCCCCCCUCCCCCCUCCUUCGGACGGAGCUGCAAAAGGAAUUGAUCCAGGCCUACAACAGCUGGGUCAUUCCGGAUCACGGGAUAUCAAAUGCAAAAGUGUCUGGGUCUGGAAGGUUGGAACUUGUGAUGCUGUCUCUGGAUUCAAAAAAAAUUUGUAUUGCAUGACCAGCAAGAGGACUCCAUUUUGUGCUACGCGGAGAGGGCUUUUCUCAUGCGGUAGAAAUAUCACAAAGCCCUCUAAAAAUCUGUGAUGCUACGGCAUGCAUCACAGACAUCAUGGCUCAUGGAAAAUAUGCAUGACAAAUCUCGAAAUCUUCCAGACCCAGACAUUUUUGCACUUGAUACGGGACGAGAUCCGUCGAUUUCGAAGUGCACGGACGAGGCUACGGAGAGAGAUACGACGCCUUUGCGGACAAUUGGAUUGCGCAGGAGAGGGACAGGAUUGAUAUGCUGGAGAAACCUACUGCAUCAUCACCUGGACUUACGGAUGGUAGCUCGUUUGAUUCAUCUUCUGCACUACAAGACUCGUCUGCAGCUGCUGCCAGUGACCGCGAAAAUGAUGCAAAAGCUCCCGACAAUGCAGAGUCUGCACUAGCGGUUCUUGCCCCCGCGCACCAAGCAUCGGCCACUGCUACGACCUACAAUUCCGCAAGAAGUACUAAAUCUGUCGGCAAAGAUAUGCAAGAAAAAAACUGUGUAAGUGUAAAUCUGUGAUGCAGAACACGCAGCAGAGUUACACCUGUCAUGCCAGACAGCCAUGCAGUCUUCUUUUCAUGUGUGUUUUCCCUUACAAACCACGCAUGACAGGUUUUCUCUGUCAUGUAGAGCAAAUUUGUAAUGCUGUCAGCCAAAGAUAGUUACACUAACACAGUUUUUUUUUUGGAUAAAAGAAGAGUACGCUUCGCAAGACCGGGUGCGGAAUUUAGAAAAAGCGAGAUUGGAGAAAGAACAGUUGCUGAAAACACGCCAGGACAAUGUAGGUAGCAGUACAACUAAUGAUCCGCAGGAAGGCAAAAAACCAGCAAAACUGGUGACCAAAUUCACGAUCGAGGAGCUCAUGAAACUUUGGGAGGGGGAGGGCGAGAUGUUCUACGGUGGAAGUGCAACUUCUAAGGACGGGAAAAAAAGCAAAAAGGACAACAACAACAGCAUACCCGACGUUUUUCUCCGCGAGCACAAGAGCUACGAAAUUCAAGAACUAGAGGCGAAAAAACGGGCUUUUCGGAUCAUGCUUUCAGUAUAUUGCAAGGAAAAAUCCCCCCUCUCCAUAUCAUAACGAAAUUUCUGAUGCUGGAUUUGUGUACACAAAUCAGCUUUGUAUUGCAGGAAGGCACUGCGGCCAGAUCCCCAGGCUAGGUAGGGGCGUAUGGGUCUAGUUGUUCAGCAUGGCAAACGGCUCCCCUUUAAGUCCACCAGCAUGACAAACCGCUUCCCUAAUGGGGCGGAAGCUUCUGCCCUUGUCGUCUUGCAAGACGCGCGCGAUUUGUGACCUCAAAUCAGCAAAGCAAAUUUUCGGAAGCAUAGGUUUUCAAUAUGGGGAGGGGGGAUUUUUCCUUUCGAUACAGUGGGCGAAGUGACAAGGGAAAACAACCAAGAGCCGAACGAUCCGCUAGAACAGGUGGAAGCUUCUCAAUCUUCUGCAGGCACAAAAAGCACACGUCCAAAGUACGAUAUCACGAGAAAAAAGUGUAUACAGUUACACAUUUGUUGGAGUUUCUGCAUCACAUAUUUUCUCUGUGUGGCAGAGAAAACUUGUAAUGCGAAGAUCAUAAGGGAAAACAGGAAGGAAACAAAGCUCCGAAGCAUUUCCUGCAUGAGAAAGGUUGUCUCUGUUGCCAGUCUUGCAUGACAAUGUGUAACUGUAACACUUUUUUCUUGGAUAUACGAGCGCGCCGAGCAGGUCGCGUGUCAACAGGACCUGGGGAAGCUGUAUCUCAAGUACAACUGGGCAAUCGACGAGUAUUACCCCGACGCGAAGAAUCACUUCUACAAGGUUCCGAUGCAAACGAUCUACUCGGAGACGCAGCCGGUGACGUGCGUGCACCCAAGUCUCCCGGAUCUGAAAAACCUCAUCGUGCAAAACUCCCCCUGCCGGGCGUAUACUUGGAAGAAAUCUUGGAAAAAACCGCUCAACCGGGCGUACUUCAAAAAGCAGAGCUGCAAGUUCGGGAGAGAAUUGAAGCUGUUGAUGCCGAAAGCAGCUGAAGUGCUGACGAGAAAGAACAACUGGGCGAGAGGGAAAGUGGAAGAAGAAAUUCAGUACAACGAUGAUGGGGACCACGUCAAAGUAGACCCCACCACGACCACAACCGCCUCUAAAAUGUUGAACGCUGGUGUUAGCUACGUGAACGUCAGCCAGGAACUGCCCUUUCUCAACUUCGAAAACGAACCGACGAUCGAGAAAUACUGGAAGUCAAGACCAAGAAAUUCCCUCGUCCCUCCACACUCACACAUUCCCAGAAAUCUAACGACCACGACGGUGUUCGAGUUUCUGAAGUCCACGCUGCUCCCCAUCGUCUUUUCCCAAGACGGGAACACGGUGUUUCUCCCCAGACUAGAGCCGGCGCAGUUAGAUACGACGAUACCCGGACAUCAGGCGUCGUGAGGAAAGGGGUGGUCAGGGAUGAUUUUACUGAACUGCGCGGCAUGUUGAAAUUGAGAAAUGUAAUUUUCGCGCAGGAGGACCUUGAUAUCACGUCUGGAUCGUGCAGCACAGGACUACAUGUUGCCAUAUGGCUUUCACAUCUAAUGAUCGUCGGACGCGUUUCAUGCCUGCGCAUGAUGACUGCGUGUGUGUAUGCAACAACCUUGAGCUCCGCCUUUUCGGCUGCAGUGGAGUUCGCACAAUUAGCGAUAUUGAU